AUGUGUUUGGGACCCUGGCCUCUUUGUCGCCUUAUGCUCUGGUGUGCGGCUCCCAGAAGACAGCGAAGACACCAUGGCCUUGCAGCCUUCAAGCUCCUGUGGUGCUUGCGCCUCCUGGCCCUCACGACCAUCCCACAGCAGGUGUGGGCGCCCCCUUACAAGAUAGGGGUAGUGGGCCCUUGGGCUUGUGAUCCGUUGUUCUCAAAGGCUCUGCCUGAGGUUGCUGCUCGAUUAGCCAUUGAGCGGAUCAACAGGGACCCAUCGUUUGACCCGGGCUACUCUUUUGAAUAUGUGAUUCUCAAUGAAGACUGCCAGACUGCCCGAGCCCUUUCCAGUUUCAUUUCUCACCACCAGAUGGCCUCAGGAUUUCUAGGCCCUGCCAAUCCUGGCUACUGCGAGGCCGCCUCGCUCCUGGCAAACGGUUGGAACAAAGGGAUUUUUUCUUGGGCUUGUGUGAAUUACGAAUUAGACAAUCAAAACAGCCACCCGACCUUUUCUCGGACAAUCCCUUCGCCCAUCCGGGUGCUGGUAACGGUCAUGAAGCACUUCCAGUGGGCUCACGCAGGAGUCAUUUCCUCCGCUGAAGACCUCUGGGUGCACACCGCCAACCGAGUCGCAAGUGCUCUUCAGAGCCAUGGCCUACCUGUAGGGGUCGUCCUGACCACAGGACAAGACAGCCACAGCAUUGGGAAAGUUCUUCAGCAGAUUCGCCAGGCUGACAGAAUUCGCAUAAUCAUCAUGUGUAUGCAUUCAGCCUUGAUUGGGGGAGAAACUCAGACGCAUCUCUUGGAAUGGGCUCAUGAUCUGAAAAUGACUGAUGGAACCUAUGUCUUUGUUCCCUAUGAUGCCCUGCUCUACAGUUUACCUUAUAAGCAUACCCCCUACCAGGUCCUGAGGAACAACCCAAAGCUCCGGGAAGCCUACGAUGCUGUGUUGACCAUUACAAUGGAGUCCCAAGAAAAGACCUUCUAUCAAGCCUAUACUGAGGCAGCAGCUAGACAUGAAAUUCCUGAGAAGCUGGAGUCAGAUCAAGUUUCACCGUUGUUUGGAACCAUCUACAAUUCAAUUUACUUUAUCGCACAAGCCAUGAAUAAUGCUAUGAAAGAAAAUGGACGGGCUAGUGCUGCCAGCCUGGUUCAGCAUUCCAGAAACAUGCAGUUCUAUGGAUUCAACCAGUUGAUAAGGACAGAUUCAAAUGGAAAUGGAAUUGCAGAAUAUGUAAUCCUGGACACCAACUGGAAAGAAUGGGAACUCUAUAGUACUUACACUGUGGACAUGGAAAUGGAGCUGCUGCGAUUCCGAGGGACCCCCAUUCACUUCCCUGGUGGCAGGCCCCCUCGAGCAGAUGCAAAAUGCUGGUUUGCAGAAGGGAAGAUCUGUCGAGGAGGCAUCGACCCUGCCUUUGCUGUGAUGGUCUGCCUUGCUUUGCUUAUAGCCCUGCUGUCUAUUAAUGGAUUUGCUUACUUUAUAAGGCAUCGUAUAAAUAAAAUCCAGUUGAUUAAAGGACCCAACAGAAUUCUACUAACUUUGGAGGAUGUGACGUUCAUCAAUCCCCACUUUGGCAGUAAGAGAGGAAGUCGUGCCAGUGUAAGCUUCCAGAUCACCUCAGAAGUCCAAAGUGGGAGGUCCCCAAGGCUCUCCUUUUCCUCAGGGAGUCUAACUCCAGCUACCUAUGAAAACUCCAACAUAGCAAUUUAUGAGGGUGAUUGGGUGUGGCUGAAAAAGUUCCCCUCUGGAGGUUUUGGAGACAUUAAGUCCAUCAAAUCGAGUGCAAGUGAUAUGCUUGAAAUGAUGAAGGACCUGCGUCAUGAGAAUAUUAACCCUUUAUUGGGUUUCUUCUAUGAUUCAGGGAUGUUUGCCAUUGUGACAGAAUUCUGUUCCAGAAGGAGCCUAGAAGACGUAUUGACAAAUCAGGAUGUGAAACUUGACUGGAUGUUUAAAUCGUCACUUCUGCUCGAUCUCAUCAAGGGCAUGAAGUACUUACACCACAGAGAGUUUGCUCAUGGGAGGUUGAAAUCUCGGAACUGUGUGGUAGAUGGGCGUUUUGUACUAAAAGUGACAGAUUACGGGUUUAAUGACAUCUUGGAAACGCUAAGACUCUCCCAAGAGGAACCUUCUGCAGAAGAGUUGCUAUGGACGGCCCCUGAACUGUUGAGAGCCCCAAAGGGCAGCAGGUUAGGUUCUUUUGCAGGAGAUGUCUAUAGCUUUGCCAUCAUCAUGCAAGAAGUGAUGGUCCGGGGCACCCCAUUCUGCAUGAUGGAUCUGCCUGCCAAAGAAAUCAUAGACAGACUUAAGAAGCCUCCUCCUGUGUACAGACCAGUGGUUCCUCCUGAGUAUGCCCCUCCAGAAUGUCUCCAGCUGAUGAAGCAGUGCUGGGCUGAAGCUGCAGAACAGCGACCAACUUUUGAUGAAAUAUUUAAUCAGUUUAAAACUUUCAAUAAAGGGAAGAAGACCAAUAUCAUUGAUUCCAUGCUUCGGAUGUUGGAGCAAUAUUCUAGCAACUUGGAAGAUUUGAUUCGGGAACGGACUGAAGAGCUGGAAAUUGAAAAACAGAAAACGGAAAAGCUUCUAACACAGAUGCUACCACCAUCAGUUGCUGAAUCCCUCAAAAAGGGCUGCACGGUUGAACCUGAGGGCUUUGACUUGGUCACCUUGUACUUCAGUGACAUUGUGGGCUUCACCACCAUCUCAGCCAUGAGUGAGCCCAUUGAGGUGGUGGACCUUCUCAAUGACCUGUACACACUCUUCGAUGCCAUCAUUGGCAGUCAUGAUGUCUACAAGGUAGAGACCAUUGGAGAUGCUUACAUGGUGGCCUCAGGCCUCCCAAAGAGGAAUGGCAGUCGGCAUGCAGCUGAGAUUGCAAACAUGUCCCUAGAUAUCCUGAGCUCUGUGGGUACCUUUAAGAUGAGACACAUGCCAGAGGUGCCAGUCCGGAUUCGAAUAGGCCUGCAUUCAGGGCCAGUUGUUGCUGGAGUGGUGGGCCUCACCAUGCCCAGAUACUGCCUGUUUGGAGACACUGUGAACACAGCUUCUCGGAUGGAAUCAACAGGCUUACCUUACCGCAUUCAUGUCAGUCACAGCACUGUGACAAUUCUUCAAGCUCUGAGUGAAGGCUAUGAAGUGGAGCUUCGAGGAAGGACAGAGCUCAGGGGCAAAGGCACAGAAGAGACCUUCUGGCUGGUUGGAAAAAAAGGCUUCACGAAGCCCCUUCCUCAGCCCCCACCAGAAGGCAAAGAUGGGCAAGUGGGCCAUGGCUUACAACCAGUGGAGAUUGCAGCCUUCCAGAGAAGAAAAGCAGAAAGGCAGCUGGUGAGAAACAAGCCAUAA